GUUAGGACAAGUCGGGCCAGGAGGCUUUUGAGCAAGUGAGUAGAAAAGCCAUCCAGAUCUUUCAUGACUCGCCUUAUCUGUGUGUUUUAACACACGCAGGAAACUCCUGUGUACAAAUUCUAUCAAAUAGCUGGAACAACAUUUUACAUAUUUACUUAUCUUCAUGUUCGACUUCGCUUUUUGUUAUUGAAUAUUGACUUUACAAUAGAUUUCAGCGAUUGGAUUUUUUUUUUUAUGAUUUCUAUGGGUCGCUGCACCUGAAACAACCAUUUGAUUCCCAUCAUCGACAGACCUUAAUGCUCAAGGCACGCGAAUGAGCGUGGGUCACUGGACGUACGGAAUUACAAGUUGCAUUUGGAGAAGAGGGUGAAAAUUGAACAAGGAGCUUCGGCUGCGCAAGGAAACGAAGACAGGACUAAAACUGCGAUGAGAAGUCUCGCCUGUAUCAACAUGUCCUUGUGAGGAUGGUUUGCCGAGAGCUGAGGAAAUAUCUUUGAUGUUAAACAAUCAUUAAUUUACGCGCAUGCUUUGAUUAUUUUGUCCUGUUCCCAUUCCUCUCGGGGGAGACGAAGAACAAACUGCAGAGAAAGAGUGACAGGGGGAAUGGGAGAGAAACCGAACAGAAUCCUAACAGAUAACAAGACGAGAGACAGGAGAGGACAUAUAAUCGUUAGAUAUUCUAUUGAAACAUUUCAAUAGACCAUUUGUUAAAAACGGAUAAUAUUUUUGAAGCGGAAUCAGUUUGUCUGGAAGGACUUGCGUUGAAACGGCAGGACCAUAAACACAAGUCAUGGAUUUGGCAUAGCGCGUAUUCUAAGGAGACACUAAAAUAGACUAUUUUUCUAUUUGAUACAUUUUCACCGUGGCCUUUUAUUGUGGACGUAAACUUCUUUUCAGUGAAUUGAAAUAUUUAUUUUCUGUUGGCUUUUUCCUUUGGGGUGCUUUUAUCCAUGCCAGUGCCUAGAACACCUAUCCCCUAACAGCGAACCACCUACAGCCUACAUCGGGCUUCAACGCUUUGCAUCGGAGAGUCUAGUCCUUUUACCUUUGGGAAACAGAAUCCCUUGGCAUUGAUGGGGGCGAGUAAACGGGAUUUUGCUUUUGAAAUGGAGAGUCGGAGCUGUGGGAAAGGAUGGGGAAUUCUGCUAAUAUUCUUAGUGGAUUUACUUGGAAUCUCUGCGACCAACAUGGAGCCCAUCUACUGGAAUUCCUUGAACAAAAGAUUUGGGGACGAUCAGGGCUACGUUUUGUACCCCCAGAUUGGGGACCGUCUGGACCUCAUAUGCCCGGCAGCGGACCCUCCCGGCCCCCAUGGCCCGGCCGAGUACGAGUUCUACAAGCUAUACCUGGUGUCAUCGCGAGAGCAGGCAGACCGGUGCGAGGUGACCGGCUCGCCGAACCUGCUGCUGACCUGCGACAAACCCACCAGCGACACGCGUUUCACCAUCAAGUUCCAGGAGUAUUCACCCAACCUGUGGGGUCAUGAGUUUAAGACCAUGCAUGACUACUUCAUCAUCGUCAGGUGA